CUGCAGUCCUUAUCCAUACAUCCCCUGAAACCAGCCCAAGCUUACAACAUACACACGGUACACCAACAUCCGAGUAGAAGAAAAGAAACAUUCAUAAACCCUAAUCUCCCCAUCUAUCCCUUUUCUGGCAUCUCGAAUCAGUGAAAAUGGCGUCGGCCAAUGCCAUUUCGACCGCGUCAGUUUUUCGCUCUCCCAAACAGGAAAGCUUGAGGAGGAGGGUGAAUCAGGGGCAAAGGUUGAACAACGGCCCGUCCAGCCGUAGAUUUGUUGUCCGGGCUGCAAAACAAAUUGCUUAUGACCAAAGUUCAAGGACGGCGCUUCAGGCUGGAAUUGAUAAGCUUGCUGAUGCUGUGGGUGUUACUCUUGGUCCUAGAGGGAGGAAUGUGGUCUUGGAUGAAUUUGGGAGCCCCAAGGUGGUCAAUGAUGGGGUAACAAUUGCUCGAGCUAUUGAGCUUGCAGAUAACAUGGAAAAUGCUGGUGCAGCUCUCAUAAGAGAGGUUGCAAGUAAGACAAAUGACUCUGCUGGUGAUGGGACAACAACAGCAUCCAUUCUUGCACGUGAAAUUAUCAAAUUAGGCUUGUUGAGUGUUACUUCUGGUGCAAACCCUGUCUCGCUCAAGAAAGGAAUUGACAAGACUGUACAAGGCCUGGUGGAUGAGUUAGAGAAGAAAGCUAGGGCUGUGAAGGGACGUGAUGAUAUUAAAGCUGUUGCUUCUAUCUCUGCUGGCAAUGAUGACAUCAUUGGGACUAUGAUUGCUGAUGCAAUUGAUAAGGUUGGCCCUGAUGGUGUUUUAUCUAUUGAGUCGUCAUCAUCCUUUGAGACAACAGUAGAUGUGGAAGAAGGAAUGGAGAUUGACCGAGGUUACAUUUCGCCACAAUUUGUUACGAACCCUGAGAAAAUGAUUGUUGAAUUUGAGAAUGCAAGAGUCUUGGUCACUGAUCAGAAGGUUUCAACAAUAAAGGACAUAAUUCCUCUGUUGGAGAAGACCACACAACUUAGAGCUCCUCUCCUUAUUAUAGCUGAAGAUGUCACUGGGGAGGCUUUGGCUACUCUUGUUGUGAACAAACUCCGUGGUAUUCUAAAUGUUGCUGCAAUUAAAGCGCCGGGUUUUGGUGAGAGGCGUAAGGCUCUCCUUCAGGAUAUUGCCAUCGUAACAGGGGCUGAGUUCCAAGCUAGUGAUCUGGGGUUGCUGAUAGAGAACACCUCAGUUGAGCAACUUGGUCUGGCAAGAAAGGUGACUAUUAGUAAGGACUCCACCACCAUUAUUGCUGAUGCUGCAACCAAGGAUGAGAUUCAAGCUAGAAUUGCACAAAUAAAAAAAGAACUAGCCGAGACAGAUUCUAUUUAUGAUUCCGAGAAGUUGGCUGAGAGAAUUGCCAAGCUGUCUGGUGGAGUUGCUGUUAUAAAAGUGGGAGCUGCAACUGAGACUGAGCUUGAGGACCGCAAACUUCGGAUUGAGGAUGCCAAGAAUUCUACUUUUGCAGCCAUAGAGGAAGGGAUUGUGCCUGGUGGAGGUGCUGCCUUGGUUCACCUCUCCACGUACAUCCCUACAAUUAAGGACAAACUUGAAGAUGCUGAUGAACGGCUAGGUGCUGAUAUCGUGCAGAAGGCACUAGUAGCACCGGCAUCGUUGAUUGCUCACAAUGCAGGGGUGGAGGGUGAAGUAGUGGUAGAGAAGAUAAAGGAUAGUGAAUGGGAGAUGGGAUACAAUGCUAUGACGGACAAGUAUGAGAACUUGAUGGAGGCCGGGGUUAUUGACCCGGCUAAGGUUACAAGGUGCGCGUUGCAGAAUGCUGCAUCCGUGGCGGGAAUGGUCUUGACUACUCAGGCCAUCGUGGUGGAGAAGCCCAGGCCAAAGGCUCCAGUAGCUGCACCCCCGCAAGGCCUUGCUGUGUAAUUCUUUUAUUUUACCUUUGUUUUUGUCAAAACUUAACAGUAAAUCGAUGGUAGAAUCAGUAGAUGUGAUUUUAUAUAGGCCAAGGCUAAAUGGUUUACGUGAAUGCCUUGAAGUGGCAUUAGAGGAAGUUGGUUUACGUGAAUGCCUUGAAAGGUGCAACACGUCCAAUAGAAGUGGCAUUUGAGCGGGAAUUUCUUCUCUUUUUUUUUUUUUUGUACGAAUAUAUAUUGUUGAAAAUUCAAGUUGGGACCAUUGCUUUUAUA